GAAGAGAGGAUGCGAACCAUCUCCCUCGUCGACGAUACCAUAGAAUCGGCUGCUAGUUUUGCCAUCCGCACAGGUCAAUCCGCUCUUUCUCGCGGACAGGAUAUUGUCUAUAACAUGCGGAUUGGUGACGGACACACAGGCGGAGGGCGUGACAGUCACGUCUCUUCUCAUGUGGCGGGCUUCUCACCACAGAUGUCUGGCUCAAAGCCCGAUCACCCUGGCAGCGGCGGUGUUCCAAACAGCGGCGGAGGUCGGCAGCGUAUCUGUUACAACUGCGGGAAAAGCGGACAUCUCGCGGCCAGCUGUUUUGAGGUUCUCGGUUAUCCCGACUGGUACCCCCGUGGUGGUGCUGGCCGCAGAGGUGGUAGGCGCGGCCGCGGCGGUCGUGGCGGGGGUGCUCCUGCCCAAGCAAACGUUGCCGCCACCACCAUGCAAGUUGGGACCUCCUCAAAUGCCGGACUUAGCUCCUCCGAUCGU